AGAUGCCUCGACAGAGAUUUUUACACGCUUAUCAAAAGUUUAUGCGAACAAGUAAAUAAAGUUCCAAAAGCCAUACACAUGCCUGGAGUAGAGCCCAGAAUGUUUGCUUUUAAUUCUUGCAGCUUCCCUUACCCACUGGCCGAUGAACAACCAAGAAUGUCUGUUCAACGCGCAUAAUUUCCUCGGGUAUAUCCUUUCCCACUUCAUUUCCAUGAAAACCCUCCUAUUUCUUGCUUAAAUUCUUGUUUUGGGGGGAAUCUGAAACGAAUAUCAUCUUUAAAAUCAAUGGAAGCAAGAUGGGGUUUCUGUUUGAAAGCUUGUACAAUCUUUAACUUUAGGUUUAUGCAUCUGUUUCUGUUGCUUUUGCUUUCCUUCCCGAGAACUUUCUCUUCGGUUGUUAAUGUAGAUAAUGUGUUCGAUGAAAUUCCCCUUCACAUACAAGAUAGAGCUUCACUUCUCCUGUUCAAGUCACAGCUUCGUGACCCGACCCAGAGAUUGUUAUGGGUCGGGUCGAGUUGUACUAACUGGACUGGGGUUAGCUGUUCUAGAUGGAAUGGUCGAGUUCUUGCACUCAACCUCACUGGGUUUAACUUAUCUGGCCAGCUUCAUUCUAGCUUGUGUAAACUCUCUUUUCUUGAAACCCUAAAUUUAUCUCAUAACAAUCUUGAUGGCUUGAUUCCAGCUUGUUUUAGUUCAUUUUGGAAUAUGAAAAAUUUGGAUCUUAGCCAUAACUUGUUGAGUGGUGUUAUUCCUAAUACUCUCAUGAAGUUGAGUAGGUUAAGUCAGCUUGAUUUUGGCCACAAUCUGUUUGAUGAAAUGCUUCCUUAUUGGAUUGGGAAUUUCUCAUUGAAGCUAGAGAAGCUCGAAAUGGGGUAUAAUUCAUUUCGAGGGGAGAUACCAGAGCAUUUGUUGCACUUAAGAUCUUUGAAGUAUUUGGGGUUAUCUCAUAAUAAUUUAUCAGGCAAUCUCCCAGAUUUUGGGCAAUCUUUGGAGCAUCUUAAUCUUGAAUCGAAUUCAUUUUCGGGUUCGUUGCCUUGCUUGUCAUCAUCGGUUGAGUCACUUUCGUUACUCAAUUUUGCGGAAAACUCACUUGAAGGGGGUGUUCCUACUUGCAUUUCUUCGCUCCGAGCAUUGGUGCAUCUGAAUUUGUCAUUCAAUCACUUGAGCUACGAGAUUUCUCCAAGAUUCGUGUUUUCUAACAGGCUCGUUGUCCUGGACUUGAGUUACAAUAGGUUAUCUGGUAAUCUUCCGAGAAAGAUUCUAGAAUCAUCGGAAAAAUCAGGGCUAAUGGUUUUAGACCUUUCACACAACCAGUUUUCCGGUGAAAUCCCAUUGGAUUUUACCGAGUUAAAAAGCUUACAAGCCUUGUUUCUUUCCAACAAUCUUCUUACAGGCGAAAUCCCAUCAAGAAUCGGUAACUUGACAUAUCUCCAAGUGAUCGAUCUAUCUCACAACUCUUUAUCUGGUUCGAUUCCGUUGAACAUCGUGGGUUGUUUUCAACUACUUGCUUUGAUCCUCAACAACAACAAUCUAUCGGGUGAAAUCCAACCAGAGCUUGAUGCAUUGGAUAGUCUAAAGAUUCUUGAUGUUAGCAACAACAAGAUUUCCGGCGAAAUCCCUUUGACUCUAGCAGGUUGUAAAUCAUUAGAGGUAGUAGAUUUAAGCUACAACAAUCUUUCGGGACCUCUAAAUGAUGCGUUGACCAAAUGGUCAAACCUCAGAUAUCUUUCUCUUGCACACAACAAGUUCAAUGGAGCCCUUUCCAAUUGGAUCUUCAUGUUCGAAGCCAUCCAAACGAUUGAUCUUUCCGGCAACAAGUUUUCCGGGUUCAUUCCAGAUGGUAUCUUUAAUGUUAGUUUGCAUUUCAACAAUGGUGGAGAAACUCCCAAAAUGCCAUUUCUUGAUAGUAAGCUAUCGGUGGUUAUGGGUGAUGAUUUGCACUUGAACUACAACUUAUCUUCGACAGUUACGAUUGAUUUAUCAGAUAACUUGUUACACGGUGAAAUCCCAGAUGGGCUUUUCGGUUUGCAUGGUCUGGAGUACCUGAAUCUGUCGUACAACUUUCUUGACGGUCAGAUUCCCGCCAAUUUGCAGUCUAUGUGGAGCUUAAAGAUUCUUGAUUUAUCGCAUAACUCAUUAUCUGGUCAAGUCCCAGAAAAGUUAUCCGGGAAUUUGACACAGUUGAACCUGUCUUUUAACUAUUUCUCUGGGAUUGUUAACAAGACGAAAGGUUAUUGGAGAUUCUCAGGUGCAUUUGCAGGAAACCCGAACUUAUGUGUGGAGUCAUCUGGUUCCGGUGGUUGUUUGACCAAAAACCUACCAGCGGAGCCAGAAAGGGUUUACGAAGAGAGAAAAGAAGACGGGCUCAUCUCCGUAUGGGUGUUUUCUGUAAGUGCUUGUGUAAGUUUCUAUUUUGCGGGUGUCGCGCUAUUUUGUUCAUCUCGAACCAGGAGCUUCAUGCUUCACACAAUAGUUUAAUGAUGUUUAAACAUAGAUCGAUAGUUUACGAUUGUAUAGAUGAUGAAUGACCUAAUGGAUCUUACACAGUGCCAUCUUUUGUCGACAUUUCUGGUCUUGUUUACUGAUUGUAGAGUCGAAAUGAAUUGGAAACCAUGAAAUGGGAUCCUUUUUGUUAUAUAGAUAUGUGGUUUCUUUGCA